AUGGCAUGUGGUGUGAUCCACACUGUAGACUGGAAAGGCAGACCCUCUAAUCCUAGCAAGCAUGGUGGAACCAGAGCUGCUGCUUUUGUUCUUGGGCUUCAGGCAUGUGAAAUAAUGGCAAUAGCUGCAGUGGGAAACAACCUCAUAACUUAUUUAAUGAAUGAGAUGCACUUCUCUUUGUCUCGGUCUGCCAACAUAGUCACUAACUUUGUUGGAACUAUCUUUCUCCUCUCCCUCCUUGGUGGCUAUCUAUCAGACUCUUAUCUUGGGAGCUUUUGGACCAUCCUCAUCUUUGGCUUUGUGGAACUUUCUGGAUUUAUAUUGCUCUCGGUCCAAGCUCAUCUUCCUCAAUUGAAGCCACCCCCAUGCGAUAUGUUCAUUGAUGGAGAACACUGCACAGAAGCUAAGGGCAUUAAGGCCAUGAUAUUCUUUUUAGCAAUAUAUUUGGUGGCAUUAGGGAGUGGCUGUAUCAAGCCUAACAUGAUUGCUCAUGGAGCUGACCAAUUCAAUCAAGAGAACCCUAAACAAUUAAAGAAGCUAUCAGCUUACUUCAAUGCAGCAUAUUUUGCUUUCUCCGUUGGAGAACUUGUGGCUCUAACAAUUCUUGUUUGGGUUCAAACUCAUUCUGGAAUGGAUGCUGGCCUUGGGGUGUCGGCAGCUGUCAUGGCAAUGGGAUUGAUAAGCUUGAUAUGUGGCACUCUAUAUUAUAGGAACAAACCCCCACGAGGAAACAUCUUCAUCCCCAUUGCUCAAGUUUUUGUGGCUGCAAUAUUGAAAAGGAAGCAGAUAUGCCCAUCUAACCCACAAAUGCUUCAUGGAAGUCAGAACAGUGUUGGUUGGCAACAUAACAAUAAGUUCAGGUUCUUGGACAAGGCUUGUCUCAGAGUGCAAGAGGGGAGUGGCAGUAACACAACGGAAAGCCCCUGGAGAUUGUGCAGUGCUACGCAAGUUGAACAAGCAAAGAUAUUACUAUCAGUUAUUCCCAUAUUUGCAUGCACAAUUGUUUUCAACACAAUUUUAGCACAAUUGCAAACAUUCUCAGUCCAACAAGCGAGUGCAAUGGACACCCAUCUCACCAAAUCCUUUAAUAUCCCUCCAGCGUCGCUUCAAGCCAUACCUUACAUUUUGCUCAUUGUUGUAGUCCCUCUCUAUGAUAGUUUCUUUGUUCCCUUCGCCAGAAAAAUCACUGGUCAUGAGUCCGGAAUCUCACCUUUGCAGCGAAUAGGCUUUGGCCUCUUUCUAGCUACAUUUUCCAUGGUUUCAGCUGCCCUUAUGGAGAAAAAGAGAAGAGAUGCAGCUCUGAAUCUCAAUAAAACCUUGUCCAUUUUUUAUAUUACCCCACAAUUCUUAAUUUUUGGCUUGUCUGAGAUGUUUACUGCUGUUGGCCUCAUUGAGUUCUUCUACAAACAGUCCUUGAAUGGGAUGCAGACAUUCUUUACAGCCAUCACAUAUUGUUCUUACUCAUUUGGCUUUUAUCUGAGCUCACUUUUGGUUUCUUUGGUUAUUAAGAUCACUUCAUCUUCUUCAACUGGUGGUUGGCUCCAUAACAACAAUCUCAACAAAGACAAGCUUGACCUUUUCUAUUGGUUACUAGCUGCCCUAAGCUUCCUCAACUUCCUCAACUAUCUCUUUUGGUCCAGAUGGUAUUCUUACAAUCCAUCCCUAUCCCAAGGUGAUGCUAAUGAUAAGGAAAACAAUCGGUUUGUCCACUGCUCUAUACACCAUGGAGCUGACAACAUUCCAUAG